UUCUUUAACAUAUUGAUAUUGGCGCUCAAAUUGAAUCCGGCAUCCGACCCGAUUGGUCACAUCCGAGUGACAAGCAGCGCGAAAGGAAAAUCGCUGGUUGGAACUUGGAAACAGUGAUUUAGGGAAGAAGAUGCAGGAAUCAACCGAGUCAAGCCCCGACUCGUUUAAACUCGGCCAGCGAGUCCAUUCAGCAAAUGAUCCUAGCCGAAUCGGGACAGUCAAGUACGUGGGACCUGUGCAGGGAUAUCCAGGGACGUGGGUCGGUGUCGAUUGGGACAAUGGGGAAGGCAAGCACGAUGGGUCGGUGAACGGCGUCCGAUAUUUCCAAGCGAAAUCCGAGCGGUCAGGUUCCUUUGUUCGGACACAGAAUUUGAGUCCUGGCAUUUCGUUCCUAGAAGCUCUCCAUAUCAGAUACAAAGGCGAGUCCACCAAAGAAGAAGAGGAUGAAAUGUAUGUGCUUUCAGCUAGCAACAAACGGGUAUCUGUUGAAUUUGUGGGUAAAGAAAAAAUUCAGGAUAAGCUAAGUAGAUUUGAAGAGUUGAAGGGUGCUUCACUCCCUUAUAUGGGUGUUAGCACUCCAGGAAACCCAAGCGAUAUCAGUAGUUUAGUACCAAAUCUGAAGGAGUUAGACUUGACAGGAAAUUUGAUUUCCGAAUGGAAGGAUGUCGGUGCCAUGUGUGAGCAAUUACCAGGUCUUACAGCACUCAAUUUGUCUCAUAAUUUAAUGUCGCAGAACAUUACUGGGCUACUCCAACUGAAAAACAUCCGAGUCUUAGUUUUAAAUAAUACUGGCAUAAAAUGGACACAGGUUGAAGAACUUAAUCAUUUAUUGCCAGUGAUUGAGGAGCUACAUCUGAUGGGAAAUGGCAUAAGCACAAUAAAGUCAACAUCUUCAUCAAUUGUUCAAGAGUUUGGUUCUUUGCGGCUUCUGAACUUGGAAGAUAAUUCAAUAACUGAAUGGAAUGAAAUAUUAAAGCUCUCUCUGUUAAGAAGUUUGGAGCAACUUCAUUUGAACAAAAACAGUUUGAAGCACAUCUUUUACCCAGAUACUGAUACUAUGCAAAAUUUGCUCACUGGAUCUGAGUCUAAUGUCCAAAUGCCUUUUCAGAACUUGCGUUGCCUUCUUCUGGGAGGCAACAACAUUGAGGAUCUGGCCUCCAUUGACUCACUGAAUGCAUUCCCCAAACUGGUGGAUAUCAGGCUUUCUGAAAAUCCAAUAGCUGAUACUGGAAGAGGUGGUAUCCCAAGAUUUGUUUUGAUUGCACGAUUAUCAAAAGUUGAAAUACUGAAUGGAAGUGAGGUAAGUCGUCGUGAAAGGAAGGACUCUGAAAUCCGAUAUGUUCGCUUAGUUAUGUCAAAGUUACAUGACAAUCCAGAUGAAAUCAAAGAGCAUCCCAGGUUUGCUGAGCUCAAGGCUUAUCAUGGCAUUGAAGAUGAAAGACCAUCAGUUGCAACAUCAGGCCCGCAGAAAAUGGCUUCUGGACUUCUAUCGGUCAAUUUGAAAUGUGUUGCUGCAUCCAUUGGCGAGAAACCAUUGUUAACGAAGAAACUGCCAGCCACAACAACGGUAGGCAAGCUAAAAAUUCUUUGUGAAAGCUUUUUCAAGCUCAAGUCCAUCAAGCCAAAAUUAUUUCUUCAGGAAGAGGGUUCCCCUCUACCUUCAUUGCUGGAUGAUGAAAUGGCAACUCUGAUGGACGUUGGGAUUGGCAACGAGUCGACCAUUCUUAUUGAUGAAGAGAGUUGACAAAAUCGAAAAAGAAAAUUUGAAAUCUACUGCUACAUGAUCCUGAAGAAUGGAAGCAAGCUACAAGUUCAUGCUGUUUCAGAUUUGCCAUUUCUUUCGUCAUGCAUGCAUAACCGUAAAUGAUGGUUUGGUGGUUUGUUAUAUAUUCACUCUUUUGUCUGUUUAGAGUUGAAAUUUCAGGCAACACCAGUUAUAGGUCCUUGGAGAAACAAGUUGGGAUUCAUAAGAAGCGAUUUUGAUUUGCAUAAAGAUAAAAUUACAGUUGAUCCUUUUGUAGAAAAGAAAUUUUUUUUUUGUUAAAAUGGGUUUGGGGAAUUGAAAUAGUAGAAUUUCAUCUCUCA